AUGGUCAAGAGAAAGUUAUUUGAAAAAUCAAGUAGGUUAUCGAAAAUAUUACAUCUAGCAAGCUGUAUCAAUCAAAAUGAGAGAGAAAAUAUUGUGUUAUCUGAUGAUACCAUUCGUCCACUAGAGCCGCUAGCCGAAAAAAAUUUUAAUAGCGAGGACCAAACAUUACAGCACCAUGCAGAAACUUCUACGUCUUUUAUCAUGUCUAGAAAUGAUGGACCAAAUGACACAGAUCAAAUUAGUUUAUGUGCCAGCACUUCACGUAGAACUUUUCCUCUGGAAAUACCUCCAGAAAUAGUUUCCAAUAGUAACAAAAAACAACCGAACGACGAAGUUCCUCAACUACCUACUACCUCAUCUAUGAUUGCAUCUACUAUUGGUUUGGAAGAUUAUAUAGAGCUAAGUGCAACAUCUUCAAGCACCCCAUUUUCUACAUCGGAUGUUUUUUCGGACGAUAGUGAUAGUGAUCCCGACUUUGAAUUAUUAAGUCUAUCUAGCAAGAGUUCAUCAUCGACAGAUUCUGAGGAAGAGGAAGUAGAAGAAAAUGAACAACAAAACAUAGCACCGUCAGUAGUAGAGUGGACAUCAAUUAAUGAAGCCAAUACGUCACAAUGCGGUUACGACUCAGAACCUUUAGUUUGCUGCGGUUCUGAUAGUGAUUUCUCCGCUAUUAGUAAUCCAUCUACAAAGCCACCGAAACCAAUGGGAAGAAGAAAUCCAACUACUUUUAGCAGAACCUCAGCUAUUGUCGACAGAAGCAGAAGCUCAGCUAUUCUCGACAGAAAAAAUUGUGGUUUUCAGGAAUCUGAUAAGAAUCAAAAGCUAAUAGGCUUUAUUCAUGGAGGACAAGAGACAGAGAUAGACGAAUUUCCUUGGAUGGCGUUACUGGGUUACAGAAAAGGCAUUACAACAAGAUGGUAUUGUGGAGGUUCACUUAUUAGUCACAGAUAUGUCUUGACAGCAGCACAUUGUGUAACAGACAGCGCUCAAAUGUCUAUUGGAAAACUUACGUAUAUCAAGUUAGGUGCACACCACAAAACUAGAGAAGAUAGACACUGCGAUAAAGCAAACAAUUGUAAUAAUGGACCAGUAAUUACUGGGAUUGACAGCAUAGUGAAGCAUGAAAGAUUUGACCCUAAUGCUAAAGCUGUUUACAAUGACAUAGCAGUUAUAAGGCUAGCUGAAGUGAUUACAUAUACAGCCUUUAUCAGACCAAUUUGCCUUCCUGAACCAAAUGAAGGCUCUAUUGAAAGCGAAGAACUUACAGUUGCUGGUUGGGGUACAACGGAACAUGGUGAAGCAGCUGUCAAACUCAUGGUUGAAAUUCCUUUCGUCACGAGAGAUGAAUGUGUAGCUGGUUAUAAAAGAGCAAAUAUUGUAUUACCAGAGCUAAGUGAGUCCCAAAUAUGCGUCGGGGGAAUAGGCGGAAAGGAUUCUUGUAAAGGUGACAGUGGAGGUCCCUUAAUGAAAAGGUCACUUGCUAAUCCUCUUCAGUGGUACCAAGAGGGAAUCGUUUCAUUUGGAUCUGCUUAUUGUGGUACACCAGGAGUACCUGGAGUCUACACGAAGGUUUCAAGCUUUUUAUCAUGGCUUCAGAGCAAAGUUAAAGAAUAA